CAUUUGACACAUGCUUUGCAUCACCAAAUGAAGCAGGGGCACCAACCAUCACAUUGCAUUUUGAGGGAAUGGAUUUGAAAUUGCCGAUGGAGAACACAUUGAUACAUAGCAGUGCCACUCCCUUGGCAUGUUUGGCAAUUGCAGCAGCACCAAAUAAUGUGAAUUCAAUAUUAAAUGUGAUAGCCAAUUUGCAGCAACAAAAUCUCAGGAUUUUGUUUGACACUGCUAAUUCUCGUGUGGGAAUUGCUCGUGAAGUUUGUAAUUAAAUUACAAAACAACAUAUUGUUAUCAUACCCCGAGCUCGGACUUCAAAAAAUGGUGUUGGAUCCUCUAAAAAUGCAUUAGUUUUGUAGGAUCUGACAUGCUACCGGUGAUAUUUUUAAAGGAGUCAGAGCAGCAUAUGUUGUUAUUAAGUCUCUGCUUUGAUUUGUGUUGUUUGGAAGAGAAAAUUAACUCUUCAGUUUAUCUGAAAUAGGACCCUGUAAUUCAAUGUAGUGCACUUGGUGAAAAAGUUCAACUAAUUUCCUUGUCUUA